AAUAAAUUAAUGUUCUGUGGAUAUUCCGCACGAAAAAAACACGCGUGUUCGGCAUCUCAGACUACGGCCAAAACAAGGUUUUGUAAAACACGUUUCGAGUAGAAGUUGAAUAUUUCUAACUAUUAAAGAUGACGAAAAGUGAAGAAGUUGCUGACGAGAGCAUGGUUCAAGGUGAUGAGCUGACGUACGAGGAAAAAAUAGCCAACUGCAGUAUUAUAGCAAAACCCAUGGCUUCGAAGAAAUUAUCAAAAAGAUGUUAUAAAUUAAUAAAAAAAGCAGCUCUACAGAAAUCACACUUGAGAUGUGGAUUGAAAGAUGUUCAGAGCAGGAUAAGGAAGGGUGAAAAAGGUAUUGUCGUAUUUGCUGGUGACGUAACACCAAUCGAAAUAAUGUGCCAUCUCCCGAUAGUUUGUGAGGAGAGGGAAAUACCUUACAUUUUCACUCCCAGUCGUAAAGAUUUAGGUGCAAGUAUGGGAGUUAAAAGAGGAUGCCUUAUGGUGCUCAUAAGGCCGCACCCAGAAUAUCAAGAAAGUUACGAUGAAUUAUAUCAAGAAAUUAAAAGUCUACCUAUAACUAUCUGAGAAGUUUCCUGUUUUAUUUCUGAAGAAACAAUCUUAUGUUAUAUGUACAUAAAUGAGUUUAUGGUCAAUUAAUGAAGGCUCUAGUGAUAAACACCACUUAAAACUUGGUUGAAAAUUUGGCGACUGAAUAUUUUUUUCUAUCAGGUCAAAAUAUGUGAGUGAGCCUUCUGUAGCAACCAGUUUUUUUAUGAAUAAACAUUUAUAACCUA